AUGGCCAACUCAUAUCAGACUCGGAAUGGCCGCACCAGCAAGACGGGAGCUUUCAUAAAUGGCAUCUGGCACUGCGAAUGCCAGCCGCGGCUACCUGCAGACAAGCUGCAGACAAAGAACGGCGGCAGGAAUCACGGCAGGUGGUUCUAUACGUGCCAGAAGCCAAUGCAUAAACGUUGCAACUUCUUCCUCUGGAGCGACGCCGCCAAAGUACGUGAAGAAGCGGCUGUUUUGAGCAACUCCCGCUCAGAGCCAGUUGCCGAACCUCAAACUCCUCGGAAACCGACAUAUAAUGCAGGCCCACCGACUCCAGACACCCGGCCUAGGCCGACUGCUUCAGUGGCGCGCCCGCAGGAUUCGAGCCCAAGCAAGUUGAAACAUGACGAAGGCUUUGACUGGUCCUCCAGCAAUGACGAAGAGCUGCUCAAGGCCGAACAAGAAAUGCUAUCCCAUAGACCCCUGUUCGAAACUCCAAAGAAGGCAGCUCGCACAGAAACAUUCACAUCUCCAGGGAAAAGAACAUUUGACCAGUUAGCUGGUCAAGAGGGAUCUUCGGGAGAAUCCUGGCCGUGGAGCGACGACGUCUUUGCCACUCCAUCGACAUCACACAGAUCAGGCGCAACAGGCUUGCCUUCACCGACCAAUACUCCGGCUCGAGGCCCUUCACAGCUCUUUCGACCUGAGACAGAGCCGUCCACUCUCGCGUCUGAGGUACUCACCUUGUUGGCUGAUUCACAUAUCAGCUCCAAAGUUGAAAGAGAGCUAGUGGACCUUCUCAACAGAUAUGACUUGCGUACCCAAGGUGUUAUUAAGGGGCGCGAUAUCUCUCGGCUGGCUGUCCAGUCCAAAGAGAAGAAGAUUGCGGACCUCCAAGCUCGAAUUUCGGCCCUAGAAGCCGAAAAAGAGACGAACCGCAGGGUCAUUGCUCACCUGAAGCAAGACAUAGCGACUUCGCCACCAAGAAAGGGGAACAAUAAGAGGUCACCUCCUUCCCGACGUUCGGAAGGGUGA